GUCCUAAGGGGGCGGGGUUUGUGAGGGUGACGGGUCUGAGGUACUGGGCCGGUCUGGCGGUUACCGGGAGGUGGUGAGGCGCAGACACUGAGCAAGGAACCCAGGAUCUGCCGGUAAUUGCCUUUAUAUCCUCUCAGACACGAUGUCUCAAAGGUCAGUGAUUGAAGACCCUGAGCGUUAUCUCUUUGUGGAUCGAGAUGUGGUCUACAACCCUGCCAACCAGGCGGAUUGGACUGCCAAGAAGCUGGUGUGGAUACCAUCAGAGCGGCAUGGAUUUGAGGCCGCUAGCAUCAAGGAGGAGAGAGGGGAAGAGGUUGUGGUGGAACUGGCUGAGAAUGGCAAGAAAGCAUUAGUCAACAAGGAUGACAUUCAGAAGAUGAACCCACCUAAGUUCUCUAAGGUAGAGGACAUGGCAGAGCUGACCUGCCUUAACGAAGCCUCUGUACUGCAUAACCUGAAGGACAGAUACUACUCUGGGCUUAUCUAUACUUACUCUGGUUUGUUCUGUGUUGUUAUCAACCCAUACAAAAACCUUCCCAUCUACUCUGAAAACAUCAUUGAGAUGUACCGGGGAAAGAAGCGCCAUGAAAUGCCACCGCACAUAUAUGCCAUAUCAGAGUCUGCGUACCGCUGCAUGUUGCAAGACCGUGAGGACCAAUCAAUACUUUGCACAGGUGAAUCGGGAGCCGGGAAGACAGAAAAUACCAAGAAAGUCAUCCAAUAUUUAGCUCAUGUUGCUUCAUCACAUAAGGGGAAAAAGGACCACACUAUUCCUACGGAAUCUCCCAAACCCAUCAAACACCAGAGUGGAUCCUUGUUGUAUGGCGAAUUGGAACGCCAGCUACUCCAAGCCAACCCAAUCUUGGAAUCCUUUGGAAACGCCAAAACUGUCAAGAAUGACAAUUCUUCUCGAUUUGGCAAAUUCAUCCGAAUAAACUUUGAUGUGACUGGUUAUAUUGUGGGGGCCAACAUAGAGACCUAUCUACUGGAAAAGUCUCGAGCAAUACGACAAGCCAAGGAUGAGAGAACCUUUCAUAUUUUCUAUCAGCUGCUAGCUGGAUCAGGGGAACAUCUCAAAUCCGACUUGCUGCUUGAAGGUUUCAACAACUACAGUUUUGUCAACAAUGGUUACAUCCCCAUACCAGGACAGCAGGAUAAGGAUAACUUCCAGGAGACUAUGGAGGCCAUGCACAUUAUGGGAUUCUCGCAUGAGGAGAUAUUGUCUGCACAGAAACUCUGCCACCUGCUGGGCUUGAAUGUCAUGGAAUUCACGCGAGCUAUCCUCACUCCUCGUAUCAAGGUGGGCCGGGACUAUGUGCAAAAAGCGCAGACCAAGGAGCAGGCGGAUUUUGCAAUAGAAGCUUUAGCUAAGGCAACUUAUGAACGGUUGUUCCGCUGGCUGGUCCACCGGAUCAAUAAAGCACUGGACCGCACCAAACGGCAAGGAGCAUCAUUUAUUGGUAUCUUGGACAUCGCUGGAUUUGAAAUAUUUGAGCUGAACUCCUUUGAACAGCUUUGCAUCAACUACACCAAUGAGAAGCUGCAGCAGCUCUUUAAUCACACCAUGUUUAUCCUGGAGCAGGAGGAAUACCAGCGUGAGGGUAUUGAGUGGAACUUCAUUGACUUUGGACUGGACUUACAGCCUUGUAUUGACCUCAUUGAGAGGCCGGCUAAUCCUCCUGGUGUUCUGGCUCUGCUUGAUGAAGAGUGCUGGUUUCCAAAAGCCAAUGACAAAACAUUUGUGGACAAAUUGGUACAAGAACAAGGCACUCAUUCCAAGUUCCAGAAACCUCGUCAGCUGAAGGAUAAGGCAGACUUCUGCAUCAUCCAUUAUGCAGGCAAGGUGGAUUAUAAAGCAGACGAGUGGCUCAUGAAGAACAUGGACCCACUAAAUGACAACGUGGCAACCCUGCUUCAUCAGUCCUCAGACAAGUUUAUUGCAGAACUAUGGAAAGAUGUGGACCGCAUUGUUGGCCUCGACCAGGUAGCUGGAAUGGCAGAGACAGCAUUUGGAUCUGCGUACAAAACCAAAAAGGGAAUGUUCCGCACAGUGGGGCAACUAUACAAGGAAUCACUGACCAAACUAAUGGCCACGCUGAGGAAUACCAACCCUAACUUUGUUCGUUGCAUCAUCCCCAACCACGAAAAGAGGGCGGGUAAACUGGACCCUCAUUUAGUUCUUGACCAGCUGAGAUGUAAUGGGGUCUUGGAAGGCAUCCGAAUCUGCAGACAGGGAUUUCCCAAUCGUAUUGUCUUUCAGGAAUUUCGCCAACGGUAUGAGAUUCUUACUCCUAAUGCCAUUCCAAAAGGAUUCAUGGAUGGGAAGCAAGCAUGUGAGCGAAUGAUCCGAGCUCUCGAGCUGGACCCAAAUCUGUACCGCAUUGGUCAGAGUAAAAUCUUCUUCCGUGCUGGGGUGCUGGCGCAUCUAGAGGAGGAGCGGGACCUAAAGAUAACCGACAUUAUAAUCUUCUUCCAAGCAAUCUGCAGGGGCUACUUAGCAAGAAAGGCCUUCACAAAGAAGCAGCAACAACUGAGUGCUAUGAAAGUCAUGCAGAGGAACUGUGCGGCAUAUCUGAAGCUGCGUCACUGGCAGUGGUGGAGACUUUUCACAAAGGUAAAACCUCUGCUACAAGUUACUCGUCAGGAGGAGGAACUUCUGGCCAAGGAUGAGGAGCUACUGAAAGUGAAGGAGAAGCAGACAAAGGUUGAGAGCGAGCUCAUAGAGAUGGAGAGAAAACACCAGCAGCUGGUAGAGGAGAAGAACAUCCUUGCUGAGCAGCUUCACGCUGAGACUGAGCUCUUUGCUGAGGCAGAGGAGAUGAGGGCCCGGCUGGCUAUCAAGAAGCAGGAGCUGGAGGAUAUCCUUAGGGAUCUAGAGAUUCGUAUGGAAGAGGAGGAAGAGAGAAACCAGAUCCUACAGAAUGAGAAGAAGAAGAUGCAGACUCACAUCCAGGAUCUGGAAGAGCAACUGGAUGAGGAGGAGGCUGCACGGCAGAAGCUACAGUUAGAGAAAGUAACUGCUGAAGCUAAAAUUAAGAAGAUGGAGGAGGACAUCUUGGUGUUGGAGGACCAGAACUCAAAGUUCCUUAAGGAGAAGAAACUAAUGGAUGAGAGGAUUGCUGAGUGCACCUCUCAGCUGGCAGAGGAGGAAGAAAAAGCCAAAAACUUGGCUAAACUGAAGAACAAGCAGGAGAUGAUGAUUACCGAUCUGGAAGAGAGACUCAAGAAGGAAGAGAAAACGCGUCAAGAGCUAGAGAAGGCAAAGCGAAAACUAGAUGCAGAAACCACAGACCUGCAGGACCAAAUUGCUGAGCUGCAGGCUCAAAUUGAGGAGCUUAAGCUGCAGUUGGCCAAGAAAGAGGAGGAGCUACAAGCAGCAUUGGCCAGGGGAGAUGAUGAGGUAGUGCAGAAGAAUAAUACUCUGAAACUGGUGCGGGAGCUGCAGGCUCAGAUUGCUGAGCUGCAGGAAGAUCUGGAAUCAGAAAAGACCUCACGUAAUAAGGCUGAAAAGCAAAAGCGAGACCUGAGCGAGGAGCUGGAGGCACUGAAGACUGAGUUAGAGGAUACCCUGGAUACAACUGCUGCCCAGCAGGAGUUAAGGACCAAGAGAGAACAGGAAGUGGCAGAAUUAAAGAAAAACAUUGAAGAAGAGACCAAAAAUCAUGAAGCUCAAAUUCAAGAGAUGAGACAGCGGCAGGCAACGGCCCUGGAGGAGCUGUCAGAGCAGCUAGAGCAGGCCAAGAGGUUAAAAGUAAACCUGGAGAAAAACAAACAGACCCUGGAAUCUGAUAACAAGGAGCUGACUGUGGAGGUGAAGACUUUGCAACAGAUGAAAGCCGAAUCAGAGUACAAGAGAAAAAAACUGGAAGGGCAGGUGCAGGAGCUGCAUACCAAGGUGUUGGAGGGAGACCGCCUACGGGCAGAGAUGGUGGAUAAGACCAGCAAAUUGCAGAAUGAGCUGGAUAAUGUCUCUUGCCUGCUGGAAGAAGCUGAGAAAAAGGGUAUCAAACUAGCAAAGGAUGCUGCUGCUCUGGAGUCACAGCUGCAGGAUACGCAGGAGUUGUUGCAAGAAGAGACACGGCAGAAGCUUAAUCUGAGCAGCAGGAUCCGGCAGCUGGAGGAAGAGAAGAACAACCUGCAGGAGCUACAGGAAGAGGAGGAGGAAGCCAGGAAGAGUCUGGAGAAGCAAAUCCUCAACCUGCAGGCUCAGCUUGCAGAUGCCAAAAAGAAGGUGGAAGAUGAUGUGGGGACAAUUGAAGGCCUGGAGGAAGUCAAGAAGAAGCUGCUUAAGGAUAUGGAAGGUUUGGGACAGAGGCUGGAAGAGAAAAGUCUGGCAUUUGAGAAGUUGGAAAAGACCAAAAACCGGCUGCAACAGGAGCUAGAUGACUUGUUGGUGGAUCUUGACCAUCAACGACAGAUUGUGUCAAACCUGGAGAAGAAACAGAAGAAGUUUGAUCAGCUUCUAGCAGAAGAGAAGAACAUCUCUGCUCGGUUUGCAGAGGAGCGGGACCGAGCUGAGGCAGAUGCCAGGGAAAAGGAGACCAAAGCUCUGUCUUUGGCCCGGGCUCUGGAGGAAGCUUUAGAGGCCAGAGAUGAAUUUGAGAGGCUAAACAAGCAGCUGAGAGCAGAGAUGGAAGAUUUAAUGAGCUCCAAGGACGAUGUGGGGAAGAAUGUACAUGAGCUGGAGAAGUCCAAGCGCACACUGGAACAGCAGGUAGAGGAGAUGAGGACACAGCUGGAGGAGUUAGAAGAUGAGCUUCAGGGCACAGAGGAUGCCAAGCUGCGAUUGGAAGUGAACAUGCAAGCUAUGAAAGCGCAGUUUGAGCGAGAUCUGCAGGCACGGGAUGAGCAGAACGAGGAGAAGAAGCGGUUGUUGGUAAAGCAAGUGCGGGAGCUGGAGGCAGAGCUGGAAGAUGAACGCAAGCAGAAAGCGCUGGCUGUGGCUUCUAAGAAGAAGCUGGAAAUGGAUCUUAAGGACCUUGAGUCUCAGAUAGAAGCUGCAAAUAAAGGCCGUGAAGAUGCCAUAAAACAGUUGCGCAAACUUCAGGCUCAAAUGAAAGAUUACCAGCGUGAACUGGAGGAGGCUCGAGCAUCACGUGAUGACAUCUUUAGUCAGUCUAAGGAGAACGAAAAGAAACUCAAGAGCUUGGAGGCAGAAAUCCUCCAACUUCAGGAGGAACUUGCAGCUUCAGAACGGUCACGGCGUCACGCAGAGCAGGAGAGGGAUGAGUUUGCCGAUGAGAUUUCUAACAGCACCUCAGGAAAGUCUGCUCUGUUGGAUGAAAAGAGGCGAAUGGAAGCAAGGAUUGCUCAGCUAGAGGAAGAACUGGAAGAGGAGCAGAGCAACAUGGAGCUUCUAAAUGACCGGUUCCGCAAGACUACCCUGCAGGUGGACACACUGAACGCAGAGCUGGCUGGAGAACGCAGUUCAGCACAGAAGAGCGAGAAUGCUAGACAGCAGCUUGAGAGGCAAAACAAGGAGCUGAAGGCCAAGCUACAGGAGCUGGAGGGUUCAGUCAAAUCCAAGUUCAAAGCCACAAUAGCAACACUAGAGGCCAAGAUUGGGCAGCUGGAGGAACAGCUGGAACAGGAGGCUAAGGAACGUGCAGCUUCUAACAAACUUGUACGCCGCACCGAAAAGAAGCUGAAGGAGGUUUUCAUGCAGGUGGAGGAUGAGAGAAGACAUGCUGAUCAAUACAAGGAGCAGAUGGAGAAAGCCAACACACGAAUGAAGCAGUUAAAGAGGCAGCUGGAAGAAGCAGAAGAGGAAGCCACUCGUGCCAAUGCCUCACGACGCAAACUGCAGCGAGAGCUUGACGAUGCCUCCGAGGCCAACGAGGGUUUAAGCCGUGAAGUAUCCACACUAAAGAACAGACUGAGGAGAGGUGGACCCAUAUCCUUCUCAUCGUCGACAAGCCGCUCUGGGCGUCGUGCACUGCAAAUAGAGGGCACUUCCUUGGAUCUCUCAGAUGAUGAACCUGAAAAUAAAACCAGUGAGGUCAAUGACGUGUCUGCCUCUACCCCCGCUGAGUGACCCCUCUGUGUGUCUCACUGCACGCGGCAGUGGUGUGAAUGGAACGACAACAGGAAGCACGUAACUGCGAACUGAAACUACACAAACAGCCACAGUGUGCAGGGCGUGUUGUGCUGUCCACCUUGUCAGCAGAAGUGCUUUGUUUUCUUAUGCUAAAAUACAGAUUCAUUGCACCACUUGCCUGUUGAAUAAGGCCUCUGUCACUCAACUGGGAAUGGCAUUUAAAAAGGCUAAUCCAUCCUGCCCCCUUGUAUACACCAGUAUGGCAUCGGAUGGGUUUUAUAUUACACGUUUCUGCGUCUGUUAUUCAGGCGUCCAUUUUAAAGACUUUUCUUCCUUUUUCUAGUAUUUUGGGAAAAAUACACAAACACUACAUGUCCAUUAACCCCCUUCUCCUACAUGAAGGAUGAGGUGAGGGGGCGGAGGGAACAAUAUGGGAUAUUUACUCAUCUCUUGCAUGUUGUAGUUGGUACAUUUCCUCCCCUCCUCAGUCUGAGCUGCAGUUUAGCACCUAUUUUGUCACAUUUUACAUCCACUUUAACUGUGAAUCAAGCUCUGUGUUUUUUUUUUUUUAUCUUCUUAAAUGAAGAGGGAUGCGAUACCAGAGACACAAAAUUGUUUGUUUUAUUAACAUGCUAGGUCCUGGGUCCAGAUAAAUUAAUCAUAUACAAGAGUAGCCCCUCUGACAGAGGGAGUACCACAUUUUAUUCAGAUUAGGUUAUCUAAUCCAACCCCACCCACCUCAGUCUUCAUCAGACCACCUGGCAAAUACAGCUAAAUAUAUUUAAAACAAAAAGUGCCUUAGACACUUAGGUAAUUCAGAAUAUGAAGUUACAUAUCCUCUGCACAUCCCUAAAAGCUAAUGUGAUUCUCUCAUUGUGGUUUGUUGUAUAGAACUAUGAAAACAAAAGCAGUAUUAACCAGACUCUGUCAUCUGUCUUUUGCAGUGCUAGAAGGGGCCAACAAAAAGACCCUUCUGGUACUGCAGGGGUUAAACAUUCUAUGUCUGCAUACAUAUUUCUAUGAUCAUUAAAAAUAUAUAUUUUUUUUUUCUAAAUACAUAAUUGCUGCCAUCUUGUUAUCUGCUGAAAUCAACACGUCUCACCUCCGUGUAUAUCCCAUAUUUCUAGAAAAUGAUUUUUGUAAGACAAUAAACUUAUUCAUUAUAGA